CGGGUCGGGCAGUCCCGCUGUGGAGGCGGGGGAUGGUGGCGGUCGGCUGGGAGGGAUGACGGUGUGGGAGGGGUGACCGCAGCGGAAGCUGGGAGGGCAGCGGGGGCGGGGUGUCUCCCGGGGGGCGAGGAGGCCCCAGCUCUGGGGAGGCACCCCGGGGAGAAAAGACGUAGCCAGAGCCUCCUCGGGAUCAUCCCCGCUCCAUCCCUAGGGAGGACAGAGUCGCGCCUGCAGGAGGCCGAGCCCAGGAGCCCAUCACACAUUGGUGCGAGAUGCUAUGGCAACCUGCUGCGGGACGGAGCUUCCUGGUGGAACAGCUGUUUGAGCCACUGAAACAGAAGGAUGAAGCUCUACAUAGGAACCUGAUGUGAAUGGAAGAAUCCUCUCAUCAUGCAAAUAGUUCGGCACUCCUCACAGACGCUGAAAGCAGCCCUCCUGUCAAAGAACCCAGUGCUUGUGUCGCAGUAUGAGAAGUUAGAUGCUGGGGAACGGCGUUUGCUGAACGAAGCCUUCCAGCCGGGGAGUGGCCUCUUUGGGCCCAUCACCUUGCAUUCGCAGUCGGACUGGAUCACCUCCCAUCCUGAGAAUCCCCAAGACUUUGAACAGUUUUUCAGCGAUCCCGACAGAAAUGCACCCUCUCCAGAGAAUCACAGUAUUUAUAUCCAGUGCAUUGGAUCUCUAGGCAACACCAGAAUUAUCAGCGAGCAAUACAUUAAGUGGCUCAAGGGCUACUGUGAAGCAUUUUUUUAUGGCUUGACAGUCAAGCUCCUGGAACCAGUCCCUGUCUCUGCAACGAGGUGUGCCUUUAGAAUCAAUGAUAACACAAAAAACCUACAAAUCCAUGCAGGUGACAUCCUGAGGUUCUUAAAAAUGAAGAAACCCCAAGAUGCCUUCUGUAUUGUGGGGAUAACAAUGAUUGAUCUUUACCCAAGAGACUCCUGGAAUUUUGUCUUUGGACAGGCCUCUUUGACAGACGGUGUGGGGAUAUUCAGCUUUGCCAGGUACAGCAGUGAAUUUUACAGCUCGCACUUCGAAGGCCGAGUGAAGAGGCCGAAGAAAACAUCUUCCAAUGACUAUUCGAUUUUUGAUGACUAUUUCGUGCCUGACGUGGUGACGAGUGUCCUGCUGCUUCGGUCCUGUAAGACCUUGACCCACGAGAUCGGCCACAUAUUUGGACUCCGCCACUGCCAGUGGCUCGCGUGCCUGAUGCAGGGCUCCAACCACCUGGAGGAGGCCGACCUGCGGCCCCUGGACCUCUGCCCCAUCUGUCUGCGCAAGCUGCAGUGCGCCCUGGGCUUCAGCAUAAGAGAAAGAUACGAAGCCUUGGUGAGGUGGAUGGAGGAGGGGUGUGCGGACACACCGGGAGUCACUUGGAAACCGAGCCGCGAGGACAACGCUCGUCUGCCAAAGCCCGUGGAAGCCUUUAAGGAAUGGAGAGAGUGGCUAAUAAAAUGCCUCGCUGUUCUCCAGAAGCAAGAACCUUCAGAUAUGAGUAACUAAGAUAAGCGCUGGCUCUCCUGUGCCUGCCCGUGGGUGCGGACUGCGGGGGGCGGGUGGGCAGCAGGCUGGAGCCCUUGAGAAGCGCGGAGCUUUGCUGUGAGGGUCCCGGCGGAGGCCGGCAGGGCUCGCCCUUCCCAUUGUGCUGGUGCCCCGCGAGGACCAGGGCGAGCUCGGAGCAGGAAGUGAAGCGAAGCUGACGUGGCCUGUGUCCCCAGCAAGCGUUUCUGAGGAACACAACUUUUUGGACUUGGAAACCUGAAUUCCUGGGUCACCAUUAAUGCAGUAAGAUUAAAGCACGUUUCAUAACUGG